ACCCCACUUGUUUUAUACUAAACCAAAACCAAUACUCACAUUUUUUAGGGCAGAGAAUUGGAGAGAAAAACAACUUCAACACACAAAGCCUCUCUCUUUCUCUCUCUCUAGCCGCUUCGAUUUUCAUCUUCUUAAAGCACCAUACGAAAAAUAUUUCACAAUGUUUGGUCGUGCUCCAAAGAAAAGUGAUAGCACCAAGUAUUAUGAAGUUCUUGGUGUUCCAAAAAGUGCAAGUCAAGAUGAACUUAAGAAGGCAUAUAGAAAAGCUGCCAUAAAAAAUCAUCCUGACAAAGGUGGAGACCCUGAAAAGUUCAAGGAGUUGGCUCAAGCUUAUGAAGUUCUUAGCGACCCAGAAAAGAGGGAGAUUUAUGACGAAUAUGGUGAAGAUGCUCUCAAAGAAGGGAUGGGAGGCGGAGGUGGUCCUGGUCAUAAUCCGUUCGACAUAUUCGAAUCAUUCUUUGGCGGCGGAGGCUUUGGGGGUGGAGGCAGUUCAAGGGGCAGAAAGAAGCAAGGAGAAGAUGUUGUUCAAACCAUGAAGGUUUCGAUGGAGGAUGUGUAUAAUGGCACAGUGAAGAAACUGUCUCUUACCAGAAAUAUUUUAUGCAGCAAAUGCAAAGGGAAAGGGUCGAAGAGUGGGAACUCUGGAAAGUGUUAUGGAUGUCAAGGUUCAGGGAUGAGGGUCACAACACGACAGAUUGGACCAGGCAUGAUCCAACAGAUGCAGCAUGUUUGCCCUGAAUGUAGAGGCUCUGGAGAGGUUAUCCUUGAUAAAGAUAGGUGUACACAGUGCAAAGGGAGCAAGGUUACACAAGAAAAGAGGGUAUUAACAGUGGAUGUUGAAAAAGGGAUGCAACAUGGUCAGAAAAUAGUUUUAGAGGGACAAGCUGAUGAAGCACCGGACACCAUUACAGGUAACAUUGUAUUUGUACUGCAACUAAAGGAGCACCCCAAGUUCAAGCGGAAGUUUGACGAUCUCUAUGUGGAACACACUCUCACUUUAAGCGAGGCUCUUUGUGGAUUUCAGUUUGGACUGACUCACCUUGAUGGAAGGCAGCUACUAAUAAAGUCUAACCCAGGCGAAGUCAUCAAGCCUGAUUCAUACAAGGCAAUAAAUGAUGAGGGAAUGCCACAUCACCAGAGGCCUUUUAUCAAGGGCAGGCUCUUCAUCCAUUUUAAUGUGGAAUUUCCAGAGUCUGGAUUCCUCUCACCUGAGAAGUGCAAAAGUUUGGAGACCGUUUUGCCUGUAAAGCCCAUGAAACACUCUUCUGAUAUUGAUAUGGAAGAUUGCGAAGAAACCACCAUGCAUGAUGUUAAUAUGGAAGAAGAGUUGAGGCGGAAGGAACAUCAAAGAAAGCAAGAAGCUUAUGAUGAAGAUGAUGAAGACGAGGGAGGUAUGCCCAGAGUGGCAUGUAACCAGCAGUAAGUCAUCGCAACUGUCUUGGUCAUAUGAAUGACCAGAUUUUGCAUAAAGAGGUUGUAGUUAUCUCUGAUCUGCAAUUUUAUAUUGUCGUUAUGAAUUACAGAGUGUUUAUUUCUUCAGCUCCAAUGCAGGCUUAUGAAUUACAAGGAUCUUCAGUUGCUUGCAUUAUUCAUUUUGAAUUAAUCUGUCUGUUAUUUAAAAGUGACUUUGAAUUAA